GCUAGGAGUGCCGUGCCAGCGACUCGUACGCCGCAACCGACGGCUCAGCUGACCGGCGCGCCUACUGCCUUUGAGCGCACGAGCAGCGGCGGUUGUCGUGCAGCGAGCGGCGCGGGCGGCGCAGUGACGGUCGCGAGCGCGGGCGCGGGCGCGUGCGCGGCGCGCAUGGCGAGCGCGGGCGCGCAGUUCCGCGGCGGCACGCAGCAGUGGGCCGCGGCCUACGCGCCGCCGCCCUGCCGCUACCCGCCGCCGCAGCCGCAGCCCUACGCGGCGGCACCCAGCCCCUACACGCCGCACCAGUACACUAGUGCGACCAUGGGCGGCGGGUGCGGUGCGACCGGAACGAGGGUGCCUACCGCUGCAUCCCCAGCGAACACGGCGUCCAGUUCAUCCUCCAACUCUGCAGGCGGUACGCGGUCAACCAGCCUCAGUACUGCGCCUCCGCCACCCGCGUCUUCGGCUUCCACCACGGGUGCGUCUGGGGAACAGCUCAGUCGCACCAAUCUUUAUAUACGUGGCCUUAGCCAGAACACCACCGAUAAGGACCUUGUCCAAAUGUGCCAGAUGUACGGCAACAUUAUUUCAACAAAAGCAAUAUUGGAUAAAAAUACGAAUAAAUGUAAAGGUUACGGUUUUGUAGAUUUCGAAACAAUCGCGUCAGCAGAGGCUGCUGUUAAAGGAUUACAAGCCAAAGGUGUUCAGGCCCAGAUGGCUAAAGUGGGUAUCUGGUUCCUGCGUAGACUGAACCGUCAACAGGAACAGGAUCCGACCAAUCUGUACAUGGCCAACUUGCCACCGCACUUCAAGGAGAAUGAUGUGGACCAAUUGUUGGCCAAGUUUGGCCAGGUCGUGUCCACGAGGAUCCUGCGGGAUACCCAUGGACACAGCAAAGGAGUUGGCUUCGCAAGAAUGGAGUCUAGGGAGAAAUGCGAGCAGAUUAUCCAGAUGUUCAAUGGGAAUCCGAUACCGGGCGCUAAGGAGCCAUUGCUAGUAAAGUUCGCCGAUGGAGGCAACAAGAAAAAAGCUCUGUAUAAGCAGAACGACAACAACGGCCGAUCGUGGCGAGACAACAAUGAAUCAAUCACUCAGGCCAUGAGCGUUACUGGAGUGUACACAUCCGGUGUGGCGGGGACAGGCGCCGGUGGGGAGUGCGCGGGGGUUUACCGCGGCAGCGGAGUAUAUGGCGUGGCAGCCUUCCACCCCCAACUGCACCAUCACCACCACGCCGCGCACCCUGCUGCCUGGCUGGCACCGUACGCGGCUCUGCUGCCGCCGCACCACGCCCCGCACGCCGCGCAUCCCGCUCACCCCGCAACUAUACCCAUUGACACCGUGCCUAGCCAAUACGUAAACUGGGACAGCUUAAGGCCGGAAAAUGAGCUAUACUAUUUCACUUCGCACCCGUACCAGUACUUCACGGGGCCCACUCCGCCGAUCAUCCAGAUGCCGAUGGAGAGCGAGCACGCGUCGACGGCGGCGUCUCCCGACGAGGCCUACCAGCCGUACCCGCCUCCCAAGUAGACCCUAAGCCACGCUACAACAAUUCAUGCUGUACACGAGCCAAAAAUCAAAGCAACUGUGACUUUUACAAUGUUAAUUUGUUUUAGAUUUAAUUUGCGGCCGUUAUUGACUUCAUCGAAAACUACGCAGGUGACGCCUCGCGUCGCCGGCGCCUGUAGACUAUGAGCCUAACGUUUUUUGUUGGCGACCGUUGCCUCGACUUUUUGUUUUAUCGAUGGGCUUGUCUCCGAUCCUCUUGGCUUUACGCUGAUCGUGCGAUUCGCUGUGAUGUUUUGAUGAGGUCUUUUGACGGUUCGAGGAGAGGAUUUGAUGUAUAGAUUAUAGCUGCAAUUUUAAUAUGUGUUUUUACAUUAUAAUUUUAUUUUUUGUUUUAUGAAAAUUUUAAUGUAAGAUUUUAGGCGCGGUUUUUAACAUGUUGACACGAUUAUUUAAGAUAGUUAGGUAUUUAUUUUAGCAUAGUUUAAUUUCAAUGAAUUUUAAAAUUUAUUUUUGAAAAGAUUUUUUAUCACAAACUUAUUAUUUAAAUUGCGGACUAAAAUAAUAUAAAAUCAAACAAAACGAUGUGCAAUCUGGAUUAUUCAAAACGUUGAUAGUAUAUUCAAAGAGUAGAGAGUAUAAUAUAAUUUCUUUGUAACGAAAACAUAAUUUUCCUGGUUAAGAUCGGUUAGAGAAGGAAAGCAAUAUCUUCGCGGUUUAGAGUAGAAAUGUAGAGGAAAUGGUCAUAUCAUGUGGAAACAAAUAUAUAUGCUACCAAAUUGUAAAGUAUGAAGUGAACGACUUAUGUGUUAUGAUAGAAAAGGUUUAUCACAGUUUAGACGUCGUGCAAAUAAAUGAUUAUUGCGAAGAUUAAAAAUCUUUCGUGACAUUUUGUAUUUUUAAAAUACAAGAGGUACCGUUGCAUUAUAUGGGCGGAAGAAACAGCAAAUAAAAUAUUUUAACCUUUCGAUAAGACAUUUAAUAGUUGGUGUAGGUAUUUUUGACCACCACGUGGGACUAUGGUCGUGAUUAAUGUAUGUAUAUGUUCAAAAUGUGUUUGGCAUGGUGCUUUAGUCGUUUUUAUUUGGAAAAUGAUACUAUACAUAUAAACUAUACAGUAUUAUCUACAUUAUUCAUUCAUACUGGUGCAGUCUUCCAAGAACCGCAUGUACCUAUUUUUAAAGCACUUUAUUGAAUAUUGUAUCAGUUUAGAAUUUCUGUUGAAUAUCACAUCACACAUUAUUUCAUGGACUAACUACUCAGAGCGCAAAUGAAUUCUAUGGCAUCAAUAACUCAUCCCAUUUAUGUUCUUGAGUGCACAUUAUCGCUGCUCGCCAUCAUUAUCACAUUACUAUCACAAUUCGACUAUAAUUUUAAAAGCGGCUUGAUAAAUCUUGUAAUAACUGAUUAUUUUGAAAUACAUAAUAAUUGAAAACGUCGUUGCCAAACCCAACUACAGACUGAACUUAUGUAUACCGUAAACUUCCAGAUAGUUAUUUCUUGAUCCAUGUUAUGAGUCAUAUGCAAAGCAACCCAAGGAUAGCUUAACAGACGUAUCCCGCCAUCGGACGCGUGCCCGGUAUCGUUUGCAUUGCGCUACGCGUGCGACAGGCGGUUGAGACGCGAGCGACUACGGGUCGUGUAAAGGCAACAUUAGCAAUAAGCAGUUGUAAAUUCUAUUUAUACAUUUUACGAGUCUAUACAAAUUUUUGUACGUUAAACUCAUAUUCGAAAUACGUGAAUAAUGAUGUGAUCCUUUUUUGAGAAUCAUGUACUGAAUCAACCGUAGUUGUUAUUUUUAGGCGGUCGGCACAUUCCACUAGAUGACAUCAAACAAAAAUUCCACGAUUGAUUUCCACAUUAUAAAAUGUAACGGAUUCGAAAUCCAAAGUAUGAACGCCGUUUUGGUGUAAAUGAGAACAUUUUGUACCAUCGCGUAGGUUUUGGGUACACUUUAUGACUUUAUAUAAAAUUUGAUAUUUUUAUAUUAAAUAUAUAUAAAUUAUACAUGGAUAUGUAUACAUGUAUAUACAUUGUUGAUGGGUACGAGUAAAAACCAACUAUAUCGCAACUGUUUAAUUCUAUUUUGGCACGUCGAGAGUUUCAUCAGAACCAAAGUAUACAAAUCAUUAAAGUCGAGUAAAAAGUAGGGAAAUAUUUAUACAAUCCAGGGACUGAUGACUAGCUAAAUGUUUGAUAUAUUAACUGUAUUUUAACUGACGAUUAAGCUAUAACUUCUUUAUUCAAAACCUGUGAACCGACUUUAAUAAUAAAUAAAUACAGGAACUGAAUUAGAUGAAGACAGGUUUUGAAUGAACGAUGUAGAGGUUGAACGAAUUAGUAGAUUUGUUAUUUGUUUCACAUAAACUUUCAGGAAUAGACUGAAAUUUGAAUAAUCGACUAACAAAAUAAUAAAAUGCGUUUUCUGACAUUUAGAUGAAACUUAGCAUGUGGCAUUCAUACACUUUUAAUCUUAUUUUUUGACUACUGUAGAGAAGGGCCGAAUUCAGUGUAGGUAUUUGCUGUUAACAGUGAGGUCAAUGACGAUACGACAACGGCCAAAAAAAACUUAUCGGACUGUCUGACUGUACGUUCAGGCUAUCUUUACUGUGUAGAUGAACAAAGCUACUCUACAAAAGACCUCGAUACAAAAGGGUGAUGAAAGUGAGAUUUUUUACUAAUAUAACUUUGCACUGAACUUAUAUUAACUCCGUAGAUCAGUUUUAUAAUUUCUGAUCGAGCCAAAUGUUUUGAACUGAUAAAUACCGCCUUUAAAUCUUGAACUUAAAAGACCUAAUGAGUGCGAUGUAUUACAGAUAUCGCGUGGUAGUUAAGUGAAACAAUUGUGUAGUGUUCGAAGUACACUGUGGCUUCCUAUAAAGCAGUCUUCCGAUAGAUAUUUCCGAUGUGCAUUUAAUCGAACUCAUUGUGUGAAUUUAUUAAUUCAUUUAAUUUUUUCAUAUGUUUUAGUCAUAGAGAUGGCUAUAAAAUUGUUCCCUCCCGUUUUGAUGUCCUUUUUUAAAGAGUAUGUAUAUUGUUUUCAUUCCACAGUGCAGAUUGAUGUUCCCCAGAUAUAAUAAGGCAAAUUAGAACCAUAGAGUUAUUUGAAACGUAGCGUAGUGUGGCACGACUGACGGGGUCGUGACGUGUGCGGGUAGCUGAACAGCUAAACACCGUCAAAAGCAGAUGAAUUAUUUUUCUAAUGCUUUCCUUCCAUGUUGAGCAAUAAAAUUAAUUUGAUGGUAGUGCCUUCAGCUUCGUUAAAAGCAAUGAACGGAUAACGAUACAAUAUAGCAUUGCAUGUGCUUUACACGAUAUUUUUACAGGUAAUAAGAGGACUUACCGUAUUCAUAAACGUAGUAAUAAUAUUAAACACUUGUGGUUUAAAGUAUUUUGUAUUAACUGAAGCGUAAUAAUGUGGCUGUCUAAUCGUUGCAUUUUUCACACAUGAUGUAUUUGAAUUUGGAUGCUAAAAUCUUAGAUGUUCCUAGUUACGCACUUCGACAUUCUAGACAUGUGUGAUCAAUAUACGUUACAAUGAGAUUAUUGAGAUUUGUUAUAUUGUAUAGUGAGAGCUACUCAAAACUAGAAGCACAAAAACGAGGAACCAAUUCCUAAAUACCAAAACGAUACAACAGAACAAAAAAAUCAUGUCGAUGAAUAGAAGUGUUAAGUAAAUGUUUUUCUAAAAAUAAGUCAUUUAGAUUUAAGAGAAUGUUGAUACGUUAUUCGAAGGUGGAGUGUAGCUGGUGGAGCGAAGACGAAUUGAAGGCUAGCUUUAGUGUUAGGCUUAACUAUAGAUAGGUUAGCAUAGCAAAAAAAAUGUUUCGACGCUAAGAUAGAUAGAUUAGAGCCCUAGAAUAAUCCGGAGAGGGUGGCGCGCGGGCCCAGGUCGACUCUAGGGUAGUUUCCUUUGUUAGUUUAUUAAAUAAUUUAAUUUGAAUGGACUGAGGUCGGGGCGGGGCCGCGCGCCCUCGCGCCGUAGCGUAAGUGAAUUAGUGAACACAUUUUUGGAUAAGUUUCAGUUGAACAAGUUUGCUUUCAUCUCUUUUGUUAUGUAGUUGACUAAGUGUAAAGAAAGAAAACUAAAUGAAAAAAAACAGUCAGUGGGAAGUGUCGAUACGAAUGUUUUUGUCCAAUGUGUAUUAAAUAUAGUGUGGUGUUCUACCCGGCAGACUAGUCUAGAUAGUAGAAUAGUUUAGAUAAAAAUUUAGUUAGGUAGCCUAGAAUACGAAAUGCAAAAAAAUAAAACUUCAUAAAAUGUAAAAAAAAAGAUGAAAUUGUUGGUAAGAAAGAAUAUUUUUAAGGGACAUGUUGCUUCGUUGUGUUAUGAUGUGGGAUUUGGCAUAACUAUGGUAAUAGUGUAAAGGCAUUUCUCGCAGAGAAACACAUAGAGGAAAGUUAUGUAUCUAUUUUGUUACAAAGUGUUUGCAAGUUUCUAUAUUGUGCUAUGAGCAUUUUAUGUGACGCGCAUUAUUUAUAGUUAUGCUGAAUGGAGACUAAAAUAAUAUAUAAAUAAAAACAAAAUGGUACUAAGAAGCAUGUUUUAUUGUGACGAGUCAUGUUCCUUUGCAUUGAACAUAUUUUGUAAGAGCAAAUGAUUGAAAUAAAACAAGCAAAACCAAAA